AUGGCAACACAACAGGAAGCGACGCUCAGGGACUCGCUCAAUAGAUGGAACGAGUCUCGGACGCAAAACUCACAGGGUUUCAACGAGGGUGCGAAAACGCUGUUUGCAUCAUGGGCUGAUUCGCUGAACAGCAGAGCUCAUGAUGUGUACCAACGUCUGCCGAUGUCCCAGCAAGACUUGGUGCAAGACCAAGAGCCUGCAUGGUUUAGCCUUUCGCGGGUCGAAAGAUUGUCAUUGUUUGUGUGUUGCAUUUUGGGAUCCGCAGCGUGCUUUACGCUGUGUGCCUUUUUACUGCCAGUUCUCGCAGUGAAGCCACGCAAGUUCGGACUUUUAUGGUCUAUGGCGUCACUGCUAUUCGUGGGAGCAUUUGGCGUGUUGCAAGGACCGGUUGCGUACGCGAAACACAUAACGUCAAAAGAAAGGCUGCCAUUCAGUGUGUUUUUCUUCACGUCCUGUUUCCUGACGAUCUACUUUGCUGCAUUCCAAAAAUCCACGCUUCUCACCAUCCCAUGCGCGUUGUUGGAGCUGAUUGCUGUGAUUUACUAUGGGAUCAGCUAUUUCCCCUUUGGCGCCUCUGGUUUACGUAUGAUCAGCUCUGUGGGUAUCAAUCAAGCAAGAGGAGUGCUCAGAAUCUGA